GCUCGCCGUCAGCUUGCUGGCUCUCGCCGCCGCGGCAGGCGCCUCGCCCGUCCAGCAGGUCGUCUUUGGCACCGCCGACACGCUCCCGUCCAUCAAUGAGCUCCCCAAGAUCCCUCACCACAAGUUCAACCCGUUGGACCACAUGAGUGGGAUCGCGCCGUACCAUGACGCUCCGAACGCCGACGUCUCGCCGCCGCCGCAGUGCACGGUCGCCGCCGCCGCGUUCCUCGUGCGGCACUCGUCCAUCUACGCCAACGACGACGAGUACGCCGACUACAUGGAGCCGUUCAUCGCGCGCGUCUACUCGGCCCAGGAGCGCGGCGUGCCCGUCCUCGACCAGUCGCCGCUCAAGUUCCUCAAGGACUGGCGCAGCCUCGUCAACGAGACCAACCUCGAGGACAUUACGCCGUCGGGCAAGGACGACGCGCGCGAGCUCGGGCGCCGGUUCCGCAAGCUGUACGGCGACCUCAUGCCGCCCGAGCACCUCGGCAAGCGCAAGGGCGACCUGUCGAGCUGGCUCAAGAACGGCGGCAAGAAGCACCACAAGGGCAAGAAGGUCAAGACGCCGUUCAAGGUGUGGAGCGCGAGCUCGGAGCGCGACGUCGAGUCGAGCAAGUCGUUCAAGAUCUGCGACGCCUUCACCAAGGAGUCGGGCAAGCCGCACGCCCAGCAGUGGCUCGAGACGUGGGGCCCGGCCGUCCUCGACCGCCUCAACGCGCACGCGCCCGGGUGGAACUUUGAGCUCAACGACGUCAUCGCCAUGUUCAUGCUGUGCGGCUACGAGACCGUCAUCUCGGGCGCCAAGACGCCGUCGUCGCCGUUCUGCAGCGCCGACCUGUUCAGCCCAGAGGAGUUCCGCGCGUUCGGGUACCACCAGGACCUUCUGUAUCACUACAUGGUCGGCUACGGCGCGCCCACGGCGCCCUACCUCGGCGUCCAGUGGCUCAACAUCUCGACGCACAACCUCCUCGCCGCCUAUGCGCCCGACCCGCACCCGAACCUCCUCUACGUCUACUUCACGCACCGCGAGGAGCCGCCUGUCGCGCUCACGGCGCUCGGCCUGUGGAACACGUCGACCGAGGACCUCCCCGACACGAUGAUGCCCAAGGACCGCCUGUGGAAGACGAGCCACCUCCUGCCCUUCCUCGGCCACAUCACCAUCGAGCGCCUGCACUGCGAGGCCGACGAGGACCAGGACUACGUGCGCGUGCUCGUCAACGGCGCGCCGCAGCCGCUCCCGAGCUGCCACGACGGGCCCGGCGGCACGUGCCGCCUCGCCGACUUUGAGAACUUUGUCCGCCAGCGCUCCGAGGAGUUCAGCGACUUUGAGGGCGCGUGCAAGAAGGACGACGAGUAGGGUCGGUCGGUCGGUCGGUCGUUUCUCUAUCUCUCUCUCGCUGUAGCACUAGAAAUGCAGCCUGUCGUCGAGUCGG